GAGAUUUGUUUAUAAAAUGGGUUUGAGUAGAAAACUAUCAAUAUGUGAUGUGGACGUAAGGUCGAAACGCGUUCUAAUACGUGUGGAUUUCAACGUUCCCCAAGACAAAAGCACUGGCGAAAUAACUAAUCCACAAAGAAUAGUUGCUGCACUACCGACCAUUAAAUAUUGUAUUGAUAAAAAUGCGCGUUCUAUAGUUCUCAUGAGCCAUCUUGGGCGCCCUGAUGGACAGGUUCAGACUCGAUAUUCUUUAAAAAUCGUUGCAGAAAAGUUAAGGGAACUGCUAAAGAAAGAAGUUAUAUUCCUUUCUGAUUGCGUUGGUCCGGAAGUUGAAAAGAUCUGUGCUAAUCCCAAAGAAGGGGCAAUUAUUUUAUUAGAAAACUUAAGGUUUCAUUGUGAAGAAGAAGGAAAGGGAAAAUCUUCUAAUGGCUCCACCGUCCGCGCCUCCUCAGAAAAAAUAAAAGCCUUCCGAGACUCCCUUACUAAACUUGGCGAUAUCUAUGUCAAUGAUGCGUUCGGUACUGCGCACAGGGCGCACAGUUCGAUGGUGGGAAUUAACCUCCCCCUUCGCUGUGCAGGUUUACUGAUGAAACGAGAACUGGACUACUUUGCUAUGGUUCUGGAGUCUCCCAAACGGCCGUUUUUAGCUAUUCUUGGAGGGGCAAAGGUCUCUGACAAGAUUCAGCUUGUAAAAACAAUGCUUGACAAAGUCGAUAAACUAAUUAUUGGAGGUGGGAUGGCCUAUACUUUUAAAAAAACCUUAUAUGGCAUUUCGAUUGGCGGCUCGUUGUUUGACGAAGACGGCUCUAAAAUAGUUGCUGAUAUUGCGGAAAAGGCAAAAAGCAAAAACGUUGAGCUGAUUUUUCCUUGUGACUACGUGACAGCCGACUCCUAUUCUCAAGAAGCUACGGUCGGAUACGCCACUGACGAGGAGGGCAUCCCUGGAAAGUGGAUGGGGCUAGAUUGCGGACCUCGAUCCAGCGAACGGUUCACCGCGGCUGUCUUAGAAGCUAAGCAGAUCCUGUGGAAUGGCCCCCUUGGCGUUUUUGAAUUUAAAAGGUUUGAGAGCGGAACAAAGAGAUUGAUGCAUGACAUUGUUAGAGCCACAGAAAAUGGAUGCAUCACCAUAGUAGGUGGCGGCGAUACGGCCACGUGCUGUCUGAAGUACAAAACAGAAGAUAAGGUAUCGCACGUGUCCACAGGUGGUGGGGCGAGCCUGGAGCUUCUCGAGGGGAAGACUCUUCCAGGCGUAGCCGCACUCUCCAGCAAAUAAAUAAAAAAAA